AGCUGGCCCCUGGCACUUGGACAAAUAACCCUAAUUUGCUUUGCCGGAUAAUUACCACCGGUUCUCCACCACCCCAUCCCAAAAAAGAAGCCCUAAUUUAUAUACUCAUAAAAAAUUAGAAGGAGAGAGAUUUCGGGUAGCUCGGGUCAACCCGAAGACAAGUGCUUAUGAUACUUCGAAGCGAAACAGACUACUUACACACAGUGACACAGACAUACACUCACACUCACACUCACACUCGCACUCACACAUGCCUCAAUUCUGGAAACCAGGGUCCGAGAGGCCUCGCCUCCUCGACGACGAAGAAGGCGGUGUUCUUUUCUAUACCACCUCUUCCUCCUCAUCAUCUGGAUUUGGCUAUGCAAGCAUAGAGAAGCAGAGGCAGAGACUCCCUGUAUACAACUACCGAACAGCUAUUCUAUAUCUAGUGGAGACUCACGCAACAACUAUUGUUGUCGGCGAGACCGGUAGUGGCAAAACCACUCAGAUUCCUCAGUACCUCAAAGAAGCAGGUUGGGCUGAUGGUGGACGCGUCAUUGCUUGCACUCAACCAAGACGAUUGGCUGUCCAGGCAGUUGCUUCAAGGGUGGCUGAAGAGAUGGGUGUCAAAUUAGGAGAGGAAGUUGGUUAUACGAUUCGAUUUGAAGAUAUUACAAAUACAGGUGUAACUAGGAUCAAAUUUCUUACAGAUGGGGUGUUACUCAGGGAAAUGAUGGAUGAUCCUCUCUUGAGCAAGUAUAGUGUUAUAAUGGUGGAUGAAGCUCAUGAAAGGUCUCUUUCAACAGACAUCUUAUUGGGUCUUCUGAAAAAGAUCCAACGGCGUCGACCUGAGCUGCGUCUCAUUAUCUCAUCCGCUACAAUUGAAGCAAAAUCGAUGGCUGCUUUUUUCCAAACCAGCAAAAGGCGUUUAGGACUGGAAGCUGAGGAGCAUGGACCGAGGACAGAGCCUGCCAUUCUGUCGGUUGAGGGAAGAGGAUUUAAUGUACAACUUUUUUAUGUUGAGGAAUCUGUUCCAGACUAUCUCCAAGCUGCUGUUUCAACAGUACUGUCAAUUCAUGAUCAGGAGCCAAUGGGUGAUAUCCUAGUAUUCUUAACUGGUCAAGAUGAUAUUGAUGCUGCAGUCCAAUUGAUCACAGACGAAGCUCAAAGUAAUGGAAAGUCUGCUUCAGGAUUGAUUGUUUUGCCACUCUAUUCAGGACUUUCACGUGCAGAUCAGGACCUUAUUUUUUCUCCUACUCCCAGAGGUAAGAGGAAGGUGGUGAUAUCAACAAAUAUUGCAGAGACCUCUCUGACUUUAGAGGGUAUCGUCUAUGUUGUUGACGGUGGGUUCUCAAAACAGCGGUUCUACAACCCGAUUUCAGAUAUUGAAAAUUUGGUAGUAGCACCGAUAUCCAAGGCAUCUGCUAGACAAAGGGCUGGUCGAGCUGGCAGAGUACGACCGGGAAAAUGUUAUAGGUUAUAUACAGAAGAGUAUUUUGUCAAUGAAAUGUCUACUGAAGGGAUUCCAGAGAUGCAGAGAUCAAGCCUUAUUUCCUCUGUGAUUCAGUUAAAGGCCUUAGGCAUAGAUAAUAUCUUAGGCUUUGAUUGGCUUUCAUCCCCUUCACCCGAAGCUAUGGUUAGAGCACUUGAAGUACUUUAUUCGCUUGGAGUCCUUGAUGAUGAUGCAAAACUUACUUCACCUGCUGGCUUCCAAGUUGCAGAGAUUCCAUUAGAUCCGAUGAUCUCAAAAAUGAUCUUAGCUUCAAACCAGCUUGGAUGUUCUGAAGAAAUCAUCACCAUUUCUGCUGUUCUCUCUGUACAGUCCAUCUGGAUUUCUGUUAGGGGAGCACAAAAGGAGCUGGAUGAAGCCAAGAUGAGAUUUGCUGCUGCAGAGGGUGAUCAUGUGACCUUCCUAAACGUAUACAAAGGAUUUCUUCAGUCUGAUAAAUCAUCCAAGUGGUGUCAUAAUAACUUCAUAAACUACCAUGCCAUGAAAAAAGUUAUUGAAAUUAGAGAACAACUCAGAAGAAUAACACAGAGACUGCGCAUAGUCUUAAAAUCUUGCGAAAAUGAUAUGCAGGUAGUAAGAAAGGCAAUUACUGCUGGAUUUUUCUCUAAUGCUUGUCAUUUAGAAGCUUUUAGUCACAAUGGGUUGUACAAAACUGUUAGAAGUUCUCAAGAAGUUUAUAUUCACCCAUCAUCUGUGUUAUUCAGAGUUAAUCCAAAGUGGGUUAUAUACCAUUCUAUCAUGUCAACUGAUCGACAAUACAUGCGCAAUGUCAUCUCCAUAGAUCCUUCUUGGCUGAGAGAGGCUGCUCCACAUUUUUACAGGCAAAAACAGCCCAAUCCUAUUGCUCUCUGAUUCCUCUUUUGCUAGUAUAGCUGCUCAAAACAUUUUUACCUUGUGAGCACCACCACCACCCGAUGCUUUUCAAAAUGAAACAGAAGCCAAUCAGCAUUGUCCGUUAUAAUAGCCGCAGGAGAUCUUGUACAUGUACUAGUUGUAAACCUUCAAAACUGCACGUUACUUGAUUAUACCUGUACUAAUUUUACCGUCUCUCUUUUCAAGUGUGCUAUUCUUUAUUAUUAGUAUUUUUUAUUAGGUAAAUACUCUCACAUUCUGACAAAUGUCUACUAUAAGGCUCUCAAAGAGGAGAGAUUAUCGCACCUAGGCCAAUGGCCCAGUGGAAUAUACUUUAUUAAUAUUGAGAAUUAUAGCUCUGCUUUAGUAA